UCCAAUCCCAGCCCUGCUGGUCGCUAGAGGUUACUUAUUCUCUCCGUGGCCAGCCUUCUCAUCUAUAAAGUGGGGACAGUAAGGCCCCUCCCUAGGAGGGCAGUUGUGAGGAUUAAGUAAGACGUUGCAGGUUGAACACUUAGCACACACUGAGAAAUACUUGGUAAGUGUUAUUACAGACUGCAGGAAAGAACUUCCAAGAAUUAGUGGGAGCAAUUAGUCGCAACUGGAACUGCGUCCCUUGGAGCUGUCAGGAGCUGUCAGAAGUGUCCUGAGGGACCACAAGAUCACAGAAUUUCAUUGUAUUCUUUCUGAAAAGGAAAUCUGUGGGGAGUUUACCCAGUCUUUGUGGGAGCCAUGCGGAUGAUUCAGCUCAGCUCUUUAAGAGAACCAUUUUGGGGGGCACCUGGGUGGUUCAGUCUGUUAGGCAUCUGACCUCGGCUCAGGUCAUGAUCUCAUGGUCCAUGGGUUCAAGCCCCACAUUGGGUUCUGUCCUGACUGCUCAGAGCCUGGAGCCUGCUUAAGAUUCUGUGUCUCCCUCUCUCUCUCUCUCUCUCUGCCCCUCCCCUGCUCAUGCUCUGUCUCUCAAAAAUAAAUAAAUGUCAAAAAAAAAUUUUUAAGAACCAUUGUUCUUAAAAAUAGAAGAGUACUUGAGAAAAAAUUGUAUUUUAAAGUAUUCAUGACAGAAAAGAUGUUUAGAGGUUCUUCUGUGUGUCCCUAUUAGAUACCCUUGUCUGGUAUCUGAAUUAGUAUCACCAAGAAGCAUCACACACAUUGAUGUAUGUAGUGGCUCAAAAUCCAGGGCUCCAUAUGUGGCUGGGGUGUGCUGGGUGCCAGGGGCAGAAGGAGAAUAGAGAGGUAGCCCCUGCCCUGGAGGAGCUUGUGGUCUAGCAGGGGCCUAAGCAAUGAACACUCGCAUAGUUUGGCAAGUCUUUCCCAGAAGUCUUGUAGCAUGUAAUGGGAACCAGGAGGAAGGAGCAGUUCCACUGGGGGAUGUGGAGGAGACUGGGGAGAGCUUUGGAAAGGCCUCAGCGUUUAGCUCCCAAAUGGCGAGUAGAGUUUUCCGAGGGCUCACAAGGCACCCCAAGCGGGGGAAGAGCGUGGCACAGGCCUGGAUGCGUGCUGGUGUAUGUGCAUCUUUAGCAACCACAAGAGGUUCUAGCACAGGGUGUGAAGGGACCUGGCUGUAGGAUGUGCUGGAGAGGUAGGUACCAGGCUAAGAUGCUUGAACUUCUCAAGAUCUUGUGAUGGAACGCUUUGUUUUAUGUGGAGGGAACACCAUUAGGCCUGCAUCUUCCCAAGAGCCCUCUAGCUGCGGGUGGAGGGUAGACUGGGAAGAGAGUGGGUCAGGAGUCCAGGAGGAGGCUGUUGUAAUGAUCACAGCAAGCCCUUGUGUGGGCCUGGAUCAGGGCAGAGGCAUUUGGGAUGGCGAGGAAGGGCAGAGAUCAGAGCUGUUUGAGGAGAAGUCAGUAGGCCUCUAGGAAUAUUUGGAAGGGAUGGUUGAGGGAGGAGCAGUGGUGGCAGGUGACCCACAAGUUCCUGGUUUGGGUGACAUAGUGAAUGGUAGUGCAGAGGCUUGGGAGAAGACAGUGGCCAGUGAAAUCUGCCCGCUCCCUUCAAUAAGAUCCGAGUGCAUCUCACGGGACAGCAUCAGUUGUAAAGUCUGUGGCACCCUGUCCAGCUUGGGGCCAGGCUUCCCUCUGGUUACGCCUGAGUCAGCACCUGGGAGAAGGGCAGCUCCCCUCCCUUCACCCAGAUUUGCCCAGGGAGGUGACCUUGUGCAGUAUUUCAGAAACUCAACUGGCUGAGUCUGCAAAACUUGUGUAAUUUCUCCAGCCUUCAGGUGGCCCUACAGAGCAGCUCUUUACUCUGCGCCAUCCACACUGCUUCAGCUGAUGCGGUCCUGGUCAGCAGCGUACCUCUAGGUUGUACAUGGCUUUCCCAUUGUUUCCUGGAGAUCUUAUCUGGAAAGAGAUCUUGAGAUUGGAUUUACUCCCUAGGCUGGGUUAGCAGACUCUGUCCCUCUUCUCAAGAAGGAGAGGUGUCUGCCCGAGGCCACCUAGGACUCAGAGCCACCAGAGAGAUGAGAGGAAGUUGCCCUGGUGCCCUUGUCUCCGAGCUCUAUGGGAGUGCAGAGCUAGACCAGAAUCGAUUGUGCUGUGCAGAGAGUGUGCUGGGGGACAACAAUUCAGACAGGCCCUUCGGAACGGGGGAGAUUUUCACAAGAUUUGUCCUUGGGUUUGUGGGGUAAAGAAGGUAGAAGAGAAAGUGGCCUGAAACGAGAGCAUUUCUUCCUCUCCCACCUGCUCAGGUGACACUGUGGCCUUGCAGCAGGUGGCCCAGGGCCCACAGCAGCCCUGCAUAUCCUCUCAGGAUCUGUAAGAUCCAUGAGAGAAAAGGACGGUAUUGUUUGUUUUGAUUUAUACUGUCUUAGAGAUGGUCGCAUUCUGGCACAUGGAUGCUUGGGUUGUUUUUCAUUAUGGAUGUGUGCAAUGUAUUCAGCAAGCUCUCUACUAAUAAAUUUAGGUUAUUCUCUGUCUUCUGCUCUCCAAACAGAGCUGUAGCAACCGCCUGCAUAUAUAUGAUUUGGCCCACCUUAGGGAUGUGCAGGAUUCUAGAAGAGAGGUUGCUGCUUCAGAGUACCUUUUAUUAUUAUUAUUAUUAUUUCUUGAAGAAUUUCUAGGCCUCCUUUUAAUAAACUUGAGUGGCCUGAUUUUGCUCCAGUGAGCAAAGGUAGUCUUUUGGGUUGAGGUACCCCAUCCUGUGGGGACACUGAGGAGUCCUUGCCCUGAACAGGCUGCAGCUCUGUGGUGGUCAUCCUCUUCUGAUUGACGGCAGUCUACCUCAGGAGUGAGUUCAGGCUCCCCAGAGCUUUCACCGUCCAGUAGUAUACAGGCUUGAUGAUUUCCAAGCAAGUCUAGUUUUUGCAAAGCCCCAGAGAAAACUGAGAAGGGCUCUUGUCAUUCAGAGUGAAGCUGUGCUCUCUAAAUAUGUUUAUAGACUGCCGCCUACUUGGCAAAAGAGACAGAAGAUGUUUAGCCUUUAAAGAGUCUGUGACCCAAGGAUCCAGGAAGAAGAAACAGUAGCCUGGACAUUGUGGUGGGAAUUGGCAAGAGCAGGACUGAUGUGCCUGUCAUUUGUCUUUGGGUUUGGGGCAGAGCUGGUUUGGGGUGUGAUAAGGAGACAGACAGCAGGUGCUUGUAGAGAGAAGCUCAGUUCCUUGGAAGACCUUAGCACUGGCUAGCCCAGAAUUCUGUGGGGCAUUUGGAACCCCAUUUCUGGCAUCUGCCAGCCCUAGAAAGCAAGAGUCCUACAUUUUGCAGCGGGCGUGGAGCUCCUGGUGUUACUGUGUUUGGCAUGAAUUCCACAGGGUGCUUUCUCCUCUGACUGCUCUCCCAACGUGGUCCCUCCUGAAGGAACCGGAAGGAAACCAGCCAAAAAAAGGCAGAUUGCCACCACCUUCCAGGUCCUUUGCUAAGUACUCAGCAGUACAGAUUGAAUGUUUCUCAGACUCUAAGGAAGGAGGGACUGUCUCUUACGGAGGAGAACCCCUAGGCUCAGAGAUGUUAAGUAACCUGUCCACCGCUUCAUAGGCAGUAGGAGCAGAGCCAGAUUUCCAGCCUACACUGUGUGAUUCUAGAGCCCGUGCCAUGCCAUUCACCCUGGCCCCACUCUGGCCCCAGGGAGUCCAACCCACGUGGAAUCUUGGACUCAUAGAGUUUUAGAGCUGGAAGGGUCUUUGGCAAAGCUGAAGCGGUCCUUUCUUUGCCAGAAGAAUGGAAACUACCACUUUCUGGAGGCAGGUCCCUCCCCCUCCUGCCCUGUGGCUAGUGAGUAAGGAGACUAUCAACCGUAUCACUUAGCAGUUAAGGGCCUAGGCUCAGAUCAUACCUGGCUUCAAAGCCCACUUCUGCCACUUGCUCGUUGAGUGACCUUGAACCAGUCACUGACUGUCUCCAGCUUCAUUUCCUCCCCUGUAAAAUGGACAUAAUACUGCCUGCUCCUCAGGUAGUAAUGGGGAUUAGACAUGAGGUGUUAUUGUCUGUAGCAGGUUCAGACUAAUUUCCAGUCCGCAGUCAGGACCCAGGGGCGGCUCUGAUGAGGCCCAGCUAAGCUCUUUGCUGGCGGGUCUGUGAGUGUUCUGAAAGAGGCAUCGUGAGCCAGCUUCCAGGUCUCUAGUUCGAAUGCUUUGGUGGUCCUCCCAGCCCCUCUGGAUGCCAGCUGGCGAGCAGGAAAUUCCUUCUAGGCAUGUUUGCAAGUUACCUGAGAGAGCUUAAGUGUGCCCAGAGUGGUGGUUUUGUCCCUCCCGCCGACUCUCCUGCUGCAGCCUUGCAAUGGCACACGGGCUGGUACAUUCAGGGCAGUUCUGCAUGUGUCCUGUGCCGUACCCCCUCAAGUGUGCCCUCUCUGAGGCCCAGCCUCCCUUGGGCCUGUUACUACUCUUAACAAUUCUAAUGGGUUAAACAUUUUUUGAGAUUUAAAAGAAAGUAUUGUUAUAGUAGCGUAUGAUAAAAUAGUUAAGCAGUAUGGAAGACUAUAACAUAAACUCUCCCUCCUCUCCCUGGGCCCCUCAUCCUGCCGGGAAGUAUCCACUGUUAAGUUUCUCCUAGAAAUUUCCUGUGCAUAUUAAAAGCUUGUGUAUGAUCUUUUUGUCUUUACCCAAAUGGGAUCGUAUUAUACACAUAGUACUGGUUUGUUUGUUUGUUUUUUAAUGUAAUAUAUUGUAAACAUCUUUACCAGCAGGUGCAGACCUAGUCUCAUAGGCUGCAUUGUAUUCCAUUGGAUGGAACAUGAUGUAGUGAACCAGUCCUUUCUUGGUGGACUUUUAGAGUGCUUCCUGUCUGGAUGUGUGUGAGUGUCUACGUGUGUUUUGAUUUUUGUGGUUUUAUCUUUUGUGGUUUUUUGCUGCGACACAUGGUUCUGUAGGAACCCUCGUUGAGCACAUUUAUCUUUGUGGACUUGUGUGGAUAUUUUUGUAGGAUAAAUCCCUUGAACUGGAAAGGCUGAGUCCGAGCCAUGUAUUUUCUUCUGUUGUGUUGGCUGUGGUUUAGCACAUGUUUUCUGCGCACCUGCUGAGCCUAUGCAGGGCAUUCUGAAGUGGACAAGGCCCAGGCCUCGCUCCUAGGAGCUCACCCUCUCCAGAGACGCACGCAAACAGACGUAUGAUGAGCAUGCUCUUGCCAUUGUGUGCGCUGUCUGUCAGUGGUGGCUCGUGGAUCUCAGGAUUGGCCCUGGCUGGCCUCCUGGUGGCUCAGAAUAGGUGAGAUCCUCAUGUAGGCCUCCCCUCUAAAUGGCUCCCCGAGGGGCACUCUGCUGGCCCAGCCUGCCAUCAGCCUCUGCGACCCUGCCCCUCCCAGCCAGCAGCAUUUCUGAACUGUAUUGUUCAUGGUCAAAGUUGUGAAAUUUAAUUGAAUUUAAAUUUUUUUAAGUUUAUUUCUUUAUUUUGAGAAACAGUGUGAGUAGGGGUGGGGCAGAGAGAGAGGAAUCCCAAGCAGACUCCUCACUAACAGUGCCCCAACGCCGGGCUCGAACUCACAAACCGUGAGAUCAUGACCUGAGCCAAAAUCCAGAGUCGGACGCUUAACUGAGCCACCCGGAUUGCCCCUGAAUUUAAUUGCUGAUAGAGGCAGUUACGGAGAAGCAGUUUGCUGACCUCAGUCCAAAUUGCCUUUCUUACAGCAUGAUGGUAGUGAUUUUUGCUGUUAAAAACAGUAUAAAGAGAGAGAAUCACGUGUACCUGGGCCUGGCCCGGGCUUUCCCGUCUGUCGCUCUGGAAAUCUGGGGUGGAAGGAAGGAAACUUAACAUUUGUCUAGUGCCUCCCACACGCUGGCUCCCGGCAGUCCUCAGGGAACCCUGUGCGGGGGCAGCGCCAUCCCCCUCCUGUAGGUGAGGGGACCGUGGAGCACAGAAGCCCAUAUUCAGGUUGCACAGUGGACACAGAGGGUGGUUCUUAGACUCAGCCAGCCUUCCUGCAGUCACUUGCUGUUUUCUCCCCGCGUGAUUGGGGCCACUGUGGGUGGCAAGAACCUGAACUCCAUGUGGGACCCCGUGGCAGGCGUUGUUCCCCGGCUGAGUCACUGCACAAGGCAGGAACUGAUGGUUUGAGCUGAGGAUGGGUCCCCUCAGGAGCAAGGCAGGCUGGCAUGAAAGGGGAGAGCUGUCAGGGACUUGGUCUGCCAUCACUGCGCAAGGCAGAAGGCCCCCCACAGAGCCAAGGGGCCACCAGGAAUGCCUCCCGAGCCAGCGUGCUUGGCUGCUUCCCCAGGCUCCUUCUCUGGAUGGGAGAUACCAGAGCAGCACGGCCUGAGAAAGAGCUAUUAAGUCUGUCCCUUCCUCCUCUGACACCCACACACAGUGACGGAUUAUUUGUUGUCACAUCAGCUGCUUCCGGAGGCCCUUGGGAGGGGUGUGCUGGUGGCAGAACUGGCAUUGCUGCCCUGGAUUCUGCUCUGGUGGCGCUCAGAGUGACCACUGGUGAAGCCCUUUGCCCCAUCUGCAGAGACUGGUCUCUCUUCCAUUUAUUUGUCUUUGCCCCAGAGGGGCCCACGGGUCCACCUGUGUGUGCACAGCCCUGGAGCCUUUCCUCCCGGAAUCACUCUGGAACACAUCCUCCUGGCCAGAGGCCUUUCGCCUCCAGUCUUCCCCACCCAGCCGUCAUGGAGGCCACAGAGAAGCCCAGUGGGGACUUCCUCAGGGCAGCGGGGUGAAGAGGGACAUCACUGAUUACGUAAUCUCCUUGUAUGUGAAUCUGGCUUCCUAAAGGAGACCAGAGCUGGACCUCCGAGCUGCAGACACUGGGCUCUCUGUGAGCAGUGGGGUCUUUGGGCCCCCGCUGGCCCCCAGGACCGCUGCGCUGGUCACACUGUAGUCCUGCUGGGGAAAGGCGGCGACAGAGGAUGGGUCUGGUGCGGAUGUGCUGAGGGGGAGCAGGCUGGGCACAGGGCCCUCUUUCUGACCGCCCCUCCCACUUCCCACUGGGCUGAGUCACUUCCUCCCUGGCUGCUGCAGGUAGGUACUCUCCCACACUCCUGCGCCUGCGAGCACACCAGCAGACCAGCAGACCGGGCUUCAGGGGGCGGGGUUCACCCCGGGCAGUGAGAGCAAGCUCUGGUUAGAAGCCGCCAGCUCACUCGGUACCCCCGAGGCAGGAAAGCAACGGCGUUUAGGGAAUGGUGUGAUGUUGUGUAUCCUUGACAAAUUGGAGCUGUACAUAUCCUGCAUUUUCAAAAUGAGCAAAAUCAUCACACUGUUUUGGAACAGCGAAGAUGACAGCGCAUGCAUGAAUCUUUGUCAUCAGGGAGUCCUGGCUGAAGCCAAGGGAUUACUAAUCCUCCUCCCCAUCCCCCAGCUCCAUCCUGAGCUCUGAAGCAAAUGGCUUCCAGUGGGUUCCUGGAGAGGUUCCUUAUAGCCUUCAGACUCCCAGGGAGAGGGUUCAUGCCUACUUCGGGGUGGCUGCCAUUAAAACUCAAAGGAAAAGCUGACCACAAAGCCCCCGUUCACUCUAGCUAGCAGGAGUAGAAGAGAACAGGUCUCAGGCAGCCUCCUCUGGGCCCGGUAAGCUGGCCAGGGCCUCUAGGCUUUGGCUGGUCAGCAGUAGAAGGGGGAAAUCUUUACUUCAUCAAGUUGUGAGAAGGAAAGAAAAUCUAGGAAGACACUAGAAUGGUUCCUGGCAGGCAGUAGGUACCCAUUAAGUGAUAGUUCAAAAAGGAUUGCACCCAGAGAGGCUUGUCGCCAGGGAGGUUACCUCCACUUAGAGCAGGGACCCCUCACCUUCCCCAGCAAAGACCUCAUGACACAGCCAGCCACAGCAUCGCAUCUGGCCCUUUAGUGUUUCCUCUUUUACAGAUGAGGAAACUGAGGCCCAGAGAGGGUAGAUGACUCUCACAGAAGGCAGGUGACUAGUUCAGGGAAACAAAGCAAGUAAGUGAUGGAAGCUGGAAUUUGAACCCAGAUCUAUCUGACCUCAAAAUCCAUCUUGCCCUCCCACCUGGCAUUUGGGUCCCUGGUCUAUGCUUCGAAACACUUAGUUCCAUGGGCUGUGAAUUCCUCUGGUUUCCUGAGUUGAUUUUGUGGAUGGAAAGUGGGUCUGUCAGGAAGUUGGGAGCCCUGGUAGCAGCACCUGCAUGUGAGUAUUGGGGUGCAGUGGGGGUGGCUUCCAGAAUGCUUGGGUCACAGAGGGCUGGGGGACACCGCCUGGUUGGCUGUUGGGAGGAUAUCUCAGUAACCCCACCUCGACUUGGCCCCUCUCUCCAGAGAGACCUGUUCGGGGGCCAGAAACACCUCCUUAUCCAGGGACAAGCACGGCCCCUCUCUCCCUGCUCACCUGCAGCUUUCUGGCUGGCAGCUCCCUGAUUCCAGGAGAAUGACUGCUUAUGAGGAAAUCCAGAGGGUACCCCCCUCUCUCUGGUUGGCGCUCCUAGGACCAUAGCCAUCAUCAGGUAGGGAAGGAGCAGUCAAGGAAGCAGUGUGGUCAAGUACAAGCAAUAUGGGAUUCAGAGUUGGGAAACCCGUGUUCACAUUCCAUCUCUUUCAACAACCAGCCGGGUAACUUCAGGCAGGUCUCAGUAUCUCUGAGUCUCAAUUUCUUUUUCUAGAAAAAGUUGUGUUUGAGGAGAGGUGGGAGGGAUCAGUUACAGUCAUGUACGGGAAAGCGCUUUGUAAGCUAUAGAGCUCUGUGCAAAAGUUAGUUGCCCUGAGAGUUCAUGUGAGGGUGUGGGCCUCCCAUGUGGGCUCCGAGUCCGAAAUUCACCAUCCAGGAAUGAGCCUGGAGAAUUUUCGAGGGAAUUGGCAGACCUCUAGUGUGGGGGUGUCUGGUCUAUAAAGCAGAUCUACAGGUCUUAGUUGGGUCAUGUGUUCAGAUUUCACACUGCUCACCCCAAGCCUUGGUAUUUCUUUCCAGGUAUAGUCACAUAAAAUGCAGAGUUGAGCCAGAACUGCCCUUUUCUGGGGAUAGCAAGAGUGCUAGGAAUUUUUCUGACCAGCAGAAGGACCUUCACACCAUGAGCCUAGAGUAGAGGGACCCAGAGGACCUGUCACUGGUGUGUAGGGGCAGGCCGAACUAUCAUUCACAUGCCCCGCAUCUUGCUGCAGGAAAGCAGGUCUUUUCACUGGAUUCAGCCAAAAGGGGGCUAGUCUGUCCCUUUGCCAGUGAGGGGUCGGGCGCAAGCCUCAGGCACGUGCUGUGAAUAAGUCACUCCUCUGUGGGGUCCGCUUUCCGGCAGCAAACACUGUCUAAGCACAACCCCCGAUGAUUAGCCCGCCCAGAACCCUCCCUGCCCCAGGCAUCCAGGCAUUUCUGACAUGGGGCUCUGCCUGGACAAAUGGUUCCCAGCAUCUUGCAGCCCACUUACGUGCAGCUGUGACCCCUUGUCUCCCUGACCCUGGAUUCUGUCUCCUGCCAUGAGCUGGUGGACCAUCCAUCCGUACACCUGGCGACCAGUUGGGUCAUCCCUGUCCCCUGCCCCAAUAUGGUCCUUAAUGUACUCUGGGCACGUAACAAACAGUUCCGCAGUCCAUUUUCUCAUUCAGCAGUGUGCCAGGCCCCGGGCAGCGUGCAGGGAAGCAGCGGUAAAUUGGACUUGCUCCCUCAGGGGUGGUGGAAGUCAGAUACACCAUGGUUCCAGGACAGUGGGAGGGGACAGAGGUCUGCUCAGUGCUCUGGGAGCUGCAGGAGGAAAGGACUCAGAGUGAGGACGGAGGGAGAAGGAUGAGCCAACCAGGGAGAAGAGGGCAGGGUGAGGGUGUUCAUGGCACACUCAGGGAAUUGUGAGUCAUUUGGUGUGGGUGGAUCUUGGGGACCUACUAACGCAGUGCAGCCGGAGAGCUCGCCUGGGUCUGAGGAGUUAGGGUUUUUUCCUGAGACCAGAAGGGCAUUGGAAGACCCCCGCCACGAAGACAGAAACCCUGCAGGCCCAGGUCCCGGAGCAGAGGAGAACGUGCAAGGUGCUAGAAUCUGUUAGUCUGAGCCCCAUUUACACAGGUAGCUGAAGUGGGGACUUCUCCCAGAGUCCUUCCUGCAUCCUCCCUGAUCAGCCGCAAGAGAGGUUCCCCCUGCUUGGUGCACCUGAUGCAGUAACCCUUUGAUGAAAGUGUGCUGCAGAAAGACGCCACCAGGUGGCAGACCUAGAGAUUGCACAAAAGCCUCCUUUUCCCCUGUAGCACAGCGUUUGCAGGGGUGGAAGAGGGUCGUUCAAGACUGAACUCCUGUUCAUGCCAGCCUGGCUCUGCCCAACAAGGGUGAGAUCCCGCAUCCUGCCACUGUGGGCACAAGGAGUCCCUUUGUGAAUCUGGACAACAGAUUCCUCCAGGGCCUUAGGAACUAUUCCGUCCAGUGGCUUGCACUUUCUCCGGUCUCUGACCUCAGAGUAAAUUGCAGGCAUUGUGACCCUUCGCCCCCAAACCCUUCAGCAUCUGUCACCUCAGAGCAAGGGCAUUCUUCCGUGUAACCACAGAGCAAUUUUCAAAUUCAGGGAAAUUGACAUCGAUACAGUCCAUAUUUAGAUUUUGUCAGUUACCUAGUCAUAUCCUUUAGACCACCCCCCUGCCCAGGAUCACACACUGCAUUUACUUGUCUCUAGUCUCCAUUAAUCCAGACUGGUCCCUCAUUCUUCCUUUAACUAUCAGUCAUUGAUGUUUUUAAAGCACACAGGCAUGUUCUGUUGAAUGUCCCUCAAUUUGGGUUUGUCUCAUGAUCACAUUCCAGUUACACAUUUGGGGCAAAAUGAUAAUAAUGUAAGUUGUGAUUUUAUCAGGAGUUAUACGAUGUCAGUUCUGGUGUUGGUGAUAUUACCUUUGGCCAUUUGGUUAAGGUUGCAGCUUGCUUUUUUUUUUUUUUUUUAAUUGAGGUAUAUUUACACACAGUGAGUCUCACAGAUCUUUUAAUUAUAGAAUUCAGUCAUUCUGACAAAUGCACGUCUUGGACUAGAGGCACUAGGUCUCAAUUCCAGACUCCUCCCCACCCCUCCACUGGAUCAUGACAGAGGAUCCAUGUGGGGCGGCCUUAUCAUCCUGGACAGUCUCUUACUGUGCCCCGAGUUGAUAAUUGCCAGCUGGUGUUCCAGCCUCUGCUUCCCCCUAGGCCCGUGAACAGAACAAGACAAGAGCAUGAGGUGCUGUCUGCCUCUGCCCUCCUAUUGCUGGGCACCCCGCCCCUCCUCAGCAGCUCGGCUAGCCCCCUGGGCCUCCUCCGCUCCCCGCGCUGAGCUGAGUGUGUCAUUCGGGCUGGACAUCAGACUCCCCUGGCCUUCAGUGCUAGGCCAACAGCCCAAUGGCAGGUUCAAGGUCUUUUAAGCCUUCACUCUGGGUACCCUCUUCUGCCUUCUUCCCCCACCACACACACCCAUUCAGUGCCCAUUUAGUAACAAUCCCUUUCGGUUUGGGCAGGAGAGAUACAAAGCUACUGUGUUGAAGCUAAUAAUAGCACAGGUUACCAAAUGCUUACAGUAUGCCGGUAGGUACUUUUACGUGGCUUAUCUUACUUAAUCCUUAGACCAACUUCCUAAGGUAGGUGUUGUGCUCUGUAUUUUGUAGAUGCUGAAUACGUAACUUGUCCAAGGUCUUAUCACUAUCAAGUGAUGGUGCUGGGGUUUACACCGGAUUGGACUUACUCCUAAACGCUUGCGCCGAGUCUGAGGUCCCCAGCCAGUGUGGGUUAUGGGGAUCAAGAUGGUGUUCCCUUCAGCCGAAGGGUGACCGGGCCAGGCAUAGGACAGCUGGGGUCCCCUGUUCUUUCACCCCCAAGUGUCAUACAAAUGGUUCUGUGUCGUGCUGUGAAAAAAGACUAACACACGUUGCUCUAACCAUGUUAUUGUGCCGCCUUAGUGUCCCGUCAACCGAGACUCUUUUCCCUCCCUCCAGGGCUGAUGUGGGUCUAGGCACACAGACCCUUGACACAUGUGUAGCAAACAGGAUUGAGGCCAGGGAUGGGUGGGAGCCCUGCCCUCACUUUUAAGUGCCAGGUGGGCUGACCAGAGGUGCGGGUCCCUGCCUUCAGUAGACACAGCCAGAGGUAAAGUCCAGAAGACAGAAGUCUGCCCAACUCAGGGAAUUUUUUGAUUUGUUUGUUUGGUUCGUUUUGUUUUGACAAUGCCAGGAAACGUGGGAAUGGGCGUAGGGGCUGCUGACAGGGACAGCUUGAAUCUCGACACCAUCGGCUCAGCCUGACCCUAGAGUGUAGACACAGUCCUUUGGCUCCUAGCAGGCAUUGGAAGCUGCUAACAAACUGUGGCUACCAGCUGCCAUUGUUGUCAUACACACACACACACACACACACACACACACACGCACAGCAAGCAGUGCACCGGGCCCGGGUCUGUUGCCUGCUCCUUGCGGGGACUGCCCUUGCACUCUGCCUUGACUGGUUUGGCGUGCAGGGUUACCCAUCUCUCCAGGAACCCAGAAGUUGCAGCAGGAAGCCCAGGACAAGGUGGAGUGCAGAACUUUCUGCACAGUGGGCAGGCUCCAUCACUGCCUCUCAUGCUUGCAGGGGGGAUGGGAUGCUCCCCCUGGCUCUGUGCACGUGUGAAUGUCCGCUGCAUGGGGCGUCUGCAUACCUGAGUGGAGGGGGUGAUUCUGGGUGUGAGUGAUGGGCCCCUCCUUGGUUCGGCCAGGCUUCAACUGCUUCCUGGUAGGUGGAACUGAGGAAAGACCGAGCUGGGGAGGCCUCAGCACCAUCUCUCUUUGCAACCCACCUCCUUUUGGGGUUGAUAGUAGGUAUAUCCACCAUGUUGAACCAUGCCCUGCCAUACAGUGCCCUGCCUGGCCCUACCCCGCCCAGCUGUCCUGUGUACUGUCACACUGGAUUUGGCACCACGGGCCUUAGAAUCUUAUGUGUUGCUAGUGGCCCGGCCAUUGUUGCCUUCUGGGAGAGCUGGGCUGACAUCACCCAACAGCUUUAGAGUGAAAUGACCUUAGCCCCAAAUAGACAGGAUAGGGCAGGCAUCCCCCUCCUUUGGGCAUGCCAUGGUGGCUGUCACAGAGCUUUGGCCCUCCAAUGCUGGCCCAAGCAAGUGAACCCCCAGCUCUUAGGAUUGAGGCCCACAGCUUGCAGAUGGGGGGUACCAAUCUGGUUCUCUUUCAGUGCCUGCCUCCUAGCCUCCUCCCUUCACCCCCAUUGUUGCCUCACUGAGCCUCCUGGUGAGUGCAGGUUCUAAGGGAACCGGUGCUAACUUGGGAGGGUAGUGCAUGGAAUAGUUGACAGAUCAAAAGCUCGGGAGACUUCUAAGCCAGGACUGCUGAGUUACCAGGGAGCUGAGCAGUAGGCCCAGGAAAUACCAAGCAAAUGGCUGCCCCUUAGCCAGACUGGGCCAGGGUCCUUCACCCCAGCCUGAGGACUAAUGUCUCUGGAGGGGCCUGGCCCCAAGUCCUUCUAGACCAGGGUAGCCAGACCUUUCACUUCACAGAUCUCACUGUGAAACCAGGAUCCCUCAAAGCAGCCUUCCCCACGGGAGCGUUUGUGGACCAUUUGCAGAUGGGAGAAAAGGAAGCUUAUAAAACAGUAUCACAGUGUGGUCCAAAUUCCUGUAAUAACGAAAACUAGAAGUGUGCGCACGUAAACAUACAGGAUGGUUUGCCUGAAUGUUAACGGUGAUUACAUCUGGGUGCUGAGAUUAUGGAGCUGAGAAUGAAGCGGAGAGCAUCGGACAGAGGAGCUGGGGAAACGUCGGCCAGGGCCAAGGCUCUAGGAGGUGGCAUUUCCGGAAAUAAUGCAAAGAGAGCUGGACCAUUCAUCUUGGGUCCCCGUCUGGGCAACUCCCCGGUGCCAAGCAUCGUGCAGUGUUUGGCGAGGAAGGAUGGCACAGAUGACUUUUAUCAGCUGAAGAUCCUUACCCUUGAGGAGAGGGGGGACCAAGGAAUAGAAAGCCAAGAGGAGAGGCAAGGCAAGAUGCUGUUACACACCGAGUACUCUCUGCUUUCCCUCCUCCACACGCAGGAUGGCGUGGUUCACCACCACGGGCUCUUCCAGGACCGCACCUGUGAAAUCGUUGAGGACACAGAAUCCAGCCGGAUGGUUAAGAAGAUGAAGAAGCGCAUCUGCCUCGUCCUCGACUGCCUCUGUGCACAUGACCUCAGCGACAAGACCGCCGACCUGAUCAACCUGCAGCACUACGUCAUCAAGGAGAAGAGGCUCAGCGAGCGGGAGACUGUGGUCAUCUUCUACGACGUGGUGCGCGUAGUGGAGGCCCUGCACCAGAAAAACAUUGUGCACAGAGACCUGAAGCUUGGGAACAUGGUGCUCAAUAAAAGGACGCAUCGGAUAACCAUCACCAACUUCUGCCUCGGGAAGCAUCUUGUGAGCGAGGGAGACCUGCUGAAGGACCAGCGGGGGAGCCCCGCCUACAUCAGCCCAGAUGUGCUCAGCGGCCGGCCGUACCGGGGCAAGCCAAGCGACAUGUGGGCCCUGGGUGUGGUGCUCUUCACCAUGCUUUACGGCCAGUUCCCCUUCUACGACAGCAUCCCACAGGAGCUCUUCCGCAAGAUCAAGGCCGCCGAGUACACCAUCCCUGAGGACGGGCGGGUUUCUGAGAACACCGUGUGUCUCAUCCGGAAACUGCUGGUCCUUGACCCCCAGCAGCGCCUCGCCGCGGCCGAUGUCCUGGAGGCCCUCAGUGCCAUCAUCGCAUCGUGGCAGUCCUUGUCAUCUCUGAGCGGGCCUUUGCAAGUGGUUCCUGACAUCGACGACCAGAUGAGCAAUGCAGACAGCUCCCAGGAGGCGAAGGUGACCGAGGAGUGCUCCCAGUAUGAGUUUGAGAACUACAUGCGGCAGCAGCUGCUGCUGGCCGAGGAGAAGAGCUCCGUACACGAGGCCCGGAGCUGGGUGCCCAAGCGGCAGUUCGGCAGCGUGCCCCCCGUGCGGCGGCUGGGCCACGACGCGCAGCCCAUGAACCCCUUGGACGCGGCCAUCCUGGCGCAGCGCUACCUGCGCAAGUAGCCCCCUCGGGCAGGGCGCCAGCACCACCCGCCAACCUCUUCCCGGCCCCCCCAGCCCCCCCGCAGGCGGCCCGAACUCUCUCCCAGGCCGCGGCGGGGACGGGGCAGGGACAGCGCAGGUCACACAGGGGGUCAGCAGAGGUACCACGAAGCUACCUUGGGAAUGAUUGCUUGAUUGUUUGGUUUUUUAAUCUGAGAAGCCUAGAUAACUAAUCUGCUUUUAAUCAUGACGUUUUAAUCUACCUCUGGCUCUUUAACCAUGCUGUCUCUGGACUGAGUGAGAGGGAGGAGGAGGGAGCCCGCCCACCGCCCAGCGGCCAGGCCGGGGCGGCUGUCCCCCCACAGACAAAUAAGCUGAAGGCGCAGCUCGCUGCUGGCUCCCAAAACGAACGCCCACUCCCCACCGCCCUCCCCGGCCCCCCCACCCCCAGUCUGUUUCCAUCCCUCCCCUCUGACCCCAGGCCCCUCAGUCCAAGCUUUGGAAAACCUUCACCUCAUCUUAAGCAGAAUUCAGAUAUAUUUAUUUUUGUACUGAAACCAACUUCUCUCCCAUCUCUAGGUGGCUCCGCCCAUGGCCACUCUCUGCCCCCCACCCCCACCCCCGGCUGGACAGCAGGGAGUCCACCGCCCACAGAUGGGCCCCCUCCUCAUCCCCCAGGCUCAGAAGCCCCUUCUUGCCGGCUCCCCCACCUCCAGCCCACCGGUCCCUCCUGUUUCUGGUGAUGGGGAGGCCUUUCUAGACUUGGUUCUCUUUCUCCCAUCUCAGUAGCUUCUCUGAGGUGCUGUACACCCUCGCGUUAACCCUGGUUUCCUUCUGCACCCCUCACCGUGGUACCGAGGUGACGUUGACAGAUGUGAAAGGGGUGCCUGGUGGUCGGGCGGGGAGGGGCGUGCCGGGCUGGCCGUGGACAGACGGGCCCUGCCCGCACGCCCUCUUGCUCCCCACACCCCUCUGUGUUCGCGGAGCGGUGGGGACAUCUCCCCUCCUGUUCUUGCCCCAUAACGGAUGGGGUGUCUCUCCCAGCAGACCCUGGCCAGGCCCCUUCAUGUGGGCCGUGGGGCUUGUGGGGAGAGCUGCAGGGCCUGGGGGGUCUGCCUGGCUUGAGAACAGGCCUGUUGCCCUUUUUGAGCCGAGAUUUUGAAGUGGAUGCCCGUCUUGCCAGAACACUGUUCUCACCAGAAUGCCCUUCCCUCCCGCUCUCCCUCACUGGACUUGGCCUUGCCCAGGGCCAAGCAAAGACCCCUCCUCUGGCCUACCCCCUCCAGGCACCCCCGGAAAGGCUGAGUGUGCACUUCCAGGCAGCCCUGGGCCCCUCAGGUCCUUCCUGUCUGUUCUCGUUCCCCAAUGGGGAGGUGACCGCGGCCUGUGUGACCUUGUUUCCCAGAGUGUGAGCCGCCCCCCCCCCCCCCAAAAGCUGACUCACUGUGAGUGACUUGGGCAAGUUCCCAAACCUCCUUGUGCCUCAGUUUCCCCAUCUGGAAAAAAUGGGGCCACCUCUUGCCAGCAGUAGCAGGGCCGCCCAUGCCCCUUCCUCCCCAUGCCCCCAUCCCAGCACUUGGGCGCCUCAUGCCUCUGCCUCAGUGGGUCUGUGGGAGCCCGCCUGAGCCCAGCACUUACUCCCCCUGAGCACGAAGCCCUGCCUCUAUCGGCUGGCCAGCGGCUGAGAGCCAGGGCGUUGUGCUGCAGGGGCAGGGGAUGUCCUCUUUUCUAUAUUUAUUUCAAAAAGUCUCCCAAGGGAGCAGAAAUGCAGUCUGGCCUAGGGCUCCCAGCCCCUGGGACUGUCCUCCUGUGAGGGUCUCAGCCGGGCCCCUGCCCAGACCCUCCGGGCCUUCUGGCCACGUGCCGGCUCUCCCCUCCUUUUCAAAGCAAUACCCUCCGGGUCUGCAGGGCCUUAUCAGACCGGCUGGGCCUCUGGGUCAGCCCACGUGUCUGAUUGGGUUUGUGUCAAAGCAAACGGGAGGAGGCUGGGCCAGCCCUCACUGGGCGUCACACAAGGGGAGGUCCUGUCGUAAAGACACAAAACAAAACAGAAAAAGUCACAAAAAAGUUUGUAUAAAGACAUAUUUUUGUACUACACGGGGACUCUUCCUGCAUGUCAGCAAUAAAACUUCCUGACCUGGA